AUGCAAGAUAGGUAUUGUGCCUAUGUAAUUCAUUUAAGAAUACAAGGUUUUGCCAGCGCUGUGGUCACCUCGGAGGGCUCAGAGCUGUGGACUGUGGAGCUCAGAGACAAGCAGAUAUUGACCACGGAAGUGGCGUCCAAAGGCCAUUGGUGGAAGGCGGAGUUCAGGGAGCAGAAGUGGAAAUGUGUUGCAGAAUGCCCUGUCCAGAGGACAGCUUAUGCCUUGGCUCAGACAGAGCAGGAUGCAGUGGCUUUUGAUGAUGUACAUGUGAACUUCACUGCAGAAGAGUGGAAUUUGCUGGAUCAUUCCCAGAAUAGUCUUUGCAAAGAUGUGAUGUUGGAGACCUACUGGAACCUCACUGUUAUAGGCUACAGUUGGGAAGACCAUCGUAUUGAAGAACAUUGUCAACGUUCCAGAACACAUGAAAGGCAUGCAAGAAGUCAUAGUGGAGAGAAACCCUAUGAAUAUAACCAAUGUGGUAAAGCCUUUUCAUAUCCCAGUCAUCUCCAAUAUCAUAAAAGAAAACAUACUGGAGAGAAACCUGAUGAAUGCAAUCAGUGUGGUAAAGCCUUUGCAAGAUCCAAUAAUCUCCAAAGACAUAAAAGAACACAUACUGGAGAGAAACCUUAUGAAUGUAAUCAAUGUGGUAAAGCCUUUACAAGACUCAAUAAUCUCAAAGAUCAUAAAAGAAUACAUACUAGGGAGAAGCCUUAUGAGUGUAAUCAAUGUGGUAAAGCCUUUUCACAACUGAAUUCUCUCCAAUAUCAUAAAAGAACACAUACUGGAGAGAAACCUUAUGAAUGUAAUCAACAUGGUGAAGCCUAUCAAUGUCACAGUACUCUCUAA